AUGCAUCCCAUAGACUGGAUAGAACAGAACAAAGGAAAAAGAAUCAGAAUAGUGCUCAGAACAGGAAGAGUCUACACCGGAAUAUUCGUGAACUACGAUGCAACUGUGAAUGUUCUAGUGGAUGAUUUAUUUUGCUUAAAUACGAAAACGCAUGCGGGAAGGUCUCUCCUCAACGGCACCACUGUAGCAUACAUAGAGAGCAUUCCAUCUUAA